UUGCCGUUGGGGUAUUUUUAUCAAGAACACUCGAGCAAUGCUCUAAAAGCAUCUCUGUCUGUCUCAAAUGGCGACCUCUGUGAAGAACAACUUCAUGCCUCCGUCUCUGAUCUCUAAUCUUCAGCAAGUUCUCAUCACCAGGAAAAACAACUCCGUUGAGGGCCACUCUAACAAAAUCCACGAACCAACUGAAGCUCCUUCUGCUUCUUCUUUUUCGGCUACUUCACCGUGUUCAGGUGCUGAAGUGUCGAAAACGGAGAACGAUUGCUUGAAGCCGGUGGUGUUGGUGACCAAUGAGGAAGGCAUACAAUCUCUGGGUCUCACAUUCCUCGUUGAAGCUCUGGUUUGCGACGGUCGUUUCGAUGUUCACGUCUGCGCUCCUCAAUCGAAUGGGUCGAUGUCCGGUCAUUCGGUGACGAUUCGGGAGACGCUGACUGCGUGUUCCGUUGAAAUUAGCGGCGCCACUGCUUAUGAAGUUUCCGGCACUCCUGCGGAUUGUGUGUCUCUAGCUUUAUCCGGGGCCUUGUUUUCUUGGUCAAAGCCUGUUUUGGUCGUUAGUGGAGUAAACAGGGGAUCAAGUUGUGGUAACAACAUGUUUUACUCUGGGGCUGUUGCUGGAGCUAGGGAGGCACUGAUUUGUGGUGUACCAUCCCUUUGUAUAUCAUUGAACUGGAAGAAAGACAUGAGCCGUGAAAGUGAUUUGAAGGAUGUGGCCAUCGUUUGUUUGCCAUUAAUACAUGCAGCUGUAAGAGAUAUUGAGAGAGGAACUUUCCCCAAAAGUUUCUUGCUGAAUAUUCAGAUUCCCAGUUGUCCUUUAAUGAACAAGGGCUUCAAGUUGACAAAGCAGAGUCUGUGGAGGUCCUCUCUAAGCUGGCACGCUGUAUCAGCAAACAGGCAUCCCUCUGCUGGCCAUUUCAUGUCCAAUCAGCAAAGCCUUGGCAUUAAGUUGGCACAGCUCAGCCGAGAUGCCUCUGCUGCUGGUGCAGCACGUCGCCUGAACAUUCAUCGGAAAAAUGUGGAGAUUGAAUCAGUUGGAGUUGCAGGAAAAUUUAGUUCCCAAGAAACUGUGAAGAAAUACUUCCGUUUAGAGCUAGGAGACAAGGAUCAGGAAAAUGCAGAUGAAGAUCUGGAUUACAAAGCACUUGAAGAUGGCUUUGUUGCAAUUACUCCUUUAUCUUCAAAUCCAGCAAACUGCAUAGAGAGUCAAUCAUCGGUUUCAAACUGGCUUGCUGUUGCACUUGCAAAUGAGCAAUGAUGCCCCUUGUUUUCAUCUUUCUUACAAUGUUCCUAUACCAUAAAAUACUUGGCAAGUCUUCUCUUCCGAUAGUUUUUUUUUUUUAUUGCCACCGGGUUCCCGGGAAAAGCGCUGUAGUUUUUGAAAUUGUGGUUCGCCUUGGAAUGAAUUAGAUUGGUUUCUAAACUCAAUUACACCUAUAGUAGGUAGGUCUUAAAAAUGUCUGAUCCGUGCUUUGGUUGGAAAGGCUGGUUUGAGGUCUUGUGUGCGAUCUGGGUUUUAUAUCAGGAAUGCAAAAUACUCAUGAUUAUAGUCA